AUGUCUGCCACCCGCACUGCUCUCGUUCUCGUUGACCCCUACAAUGACUUUCUUCACCCCGAAGGCGCUCUCACGCCCCAUCUCCUAGACCUCCAAGAGAAGGGCACGGUUGAGAACAUUAGGUCCACCGUCGCCGCUGCUCGCUCCAAGGGCAUUCCGAUCUACUACGGCAUGCAUCAACAGUGCAACGAGCACACCUUUCUUGGAUGGAAACACAUGACACCAAAUAAUGUUAAACAGAAGAACUCGCAAGUUUUCAAGGAAGGAUCAUGGGGCGCCGAGAUCCUUCAGGGCCUUGAGCCGGAUCCGUCCAAGGGCGACGUCGUUGUCAGUCGGCAUUGGAACAGCGAGAAAGAUGCCACGGCCGGAUGGUCCAAGGAAUUGACCGAUGCCGCGACGGAGCUGAUCUGGCCUCUCUUCGCCCAGGAGGUCCUUAAGACGGAAGAAUGGGUCCAGAAACAAGCAGUCCAAAGCGUGAUUUAG